CCAAUGACAAAUAAAAAACAUUCAAUAUUUAUAUUUUAAUAUUGGUUUGCUAAAUGUAUUUUCUACAUAGUCCGUGACAUGUCGUGCUGUAUGGUGUACUGUUAUCAGUUAAUGACAGUUAUGUGAAAUAAUUUUGCAAGUUAACGAUAAGAUCUAAAAAUAACUAACUGUUGGGUUAUACCUAUUACGUGAUACGUCCGUCUAUUGGUCUAUUUGAUGUCUGUGUUUUUGUGUACAGAGUACAGCUGAUAUUACAGCUCACAGUUUUCAUUAAACUAACGAGUGACGACAACUAAGACUAAUCAGACUUUGUAUUGUACCAUACUUAAUUAGUUACUUAUAGUGUUCUUCUUUACUUAAUUUGUAUAUUUAAAAUGAGUGACAACAAUAAGAAAUACGUUAAAGGUGGGGCACAGAAAACCAGAGAAAAAAAUAAAAAACUGUUAGCUGAUUCAGCAAAAAAAUGUAAAAAAAUAAGUAAUAUCUUUUAUAAGACAUCAUCUCCAGUAAACUCUGAAUGUGAUAGUCGUUCUACUGCUACACUACAGAAAAAGCAUACUGUACAAGAUUCAACUGGUGUUAUUAAUAUUGAUUUAGAUUCAUCUUUAACUACCAACCAAAAAACAACAGCUACAGAGAGUGUAUUGGUAAGAUUUUUUAUUUUAUUACAAUUGUUUGAAUAUUCUCUAUUGAACAAAUUGAUUUAGAAAAAACUACAUUUUAAAUUACAUUAAUGUGUUAAAAUAAUAAUGAUAAUAUUGCAUUUUUAUGUAUUCCUUUGAUAUGUAAUGCAUAAUUUGUUCACAUUAUACGACUGAUUAAAAUAUUUGAAUUCACUUCAAAAUACUUUUUUUAAUUCUGUCAUAGUAUCAUAUG